UACUGCAUAAAGGGUGAAAAUCGAACCAGGGCCAUAAAUCCCUAAAAUACUCAAAAAUUAAGUUAGAUAAUUCUUUCUGACUUGUUGAAAAAAUGGGAAGAGAUAUUUUAAUUGGGUUUGUCGGUAAACCAUCAAGUGGAAAAUCAACAAUGUUGAAUGCAUUAACUGAUGCCACUGCAAAAACAGGAAACUUCCCUUUCACAACUAUAGAGCCAAACCGUGCCAUCGGAUAUGCCCAGGUAGAUUGUGCUUGCUCUCGUUUUGGAUUAGAAGGUCAAUGUAGACCUAUUUAUGGAGGUUGUAAAAAUGGCAAACGUGCAAUUCCCAUUCAACUGUUGGAUGUUGCUGGAUUAAUUCCUGGUGCACAUACCGGAAAAGGAUUGGGAAAUAAGUUUUUGGAUGAUUUAAGACAUGCGAAUGCAUUGGUACAUGUUGUGGAUGUUUCAGGAACAACUGAUGCAGAAGGUAAGGCUUGUCGCGGAUACGAUCCUUCCGUAGACAUUGAAUGGUUGUACAAUGAAAUGACGGCUUGGAUUGGCACGAAUCUUAAGGAAAAAUGGCCAAAUACUCGUCGUCGUCAUAUAGCCUCAAAAGCCAACCCUGUUCAUACCUUGCAAAAUCAGUUUUCGGGUUACGGAAGUAAUCCAGCUACGACAGCGAAAGUAUUGGAUUCUCUACAUUUGAAUACUCCUUUAGAAAGUUGGGACGAAGCAACAUUAGAUCGUAUUGUCAGUCGCUUCGUUGAUAUCAAAUUUCCGACCGUAAUUGCUUUGAAUAAGAUUGAUCACCCUGACUCAGAUGCCAAUAUUUCGAAAAUUGCAAGACGAGAGGAUGCGAAUCGACUCGUCCUGGCUUCUGCUGUUUCAGAAGUAUUUUUAAGAAGGCUGGCAAAACAGGGGUUUGUAAACUACGAGGAGGGCUCAGAAUUUGUUGAUACGAUUGAUGAGUUUCCUGAUUCUGGGUUGAAACCCUUGAGUGAAAGUCUUCGUGCGAAAAUCACAGACAUUCAAGACAUGGUCUUGUUUCGACAUGGAUCAACUGGUGUCUGUAACGUUUUGGCAAGAGCCAUUGAGCUAUUAGAGUUGGUCCCUGUUUAUCCCGUUAAAAAUAUUCAUAAUUUUGCUAAUAAUUCUAACGAUGGUGUCUUUAGGGAUUGUGUUUUGGUAAGACAGGGAACUACUGCUGGGCAAGUAGCGCAAAUAGUUUUAGGAGGUGAAGCCAUGUCUAUUAUUGGAAUCAAUGGAAACGUUGGUGAAUCGGAUCCUAUCGUUGCUGGUAAAAAUGAUAUUUUGAGUUUUAGGCUCAGAAAGGAUACUUAGGUACCCAUAUGUCUAGAGGAAAGGAAUGAAAUGAACGACAUUAUACUAUUUCUUUACUAGUAUCUAUUAUAGAAUCGGUGUGAUGAAAAAAAAAAGAAAAUAUAAGUAAUAAUGAAUUCAACGACAGUAAAUAGGUACCGCCAAGGUUAACUAACAU